AUAGAAAGACAACCAUUUCUCAUGAAUGCGGAAAAAGGAAUCGGCAAAGAAAAUUCAAUGCGGACGACUUCGAAAGAUUCUAGGGCAAAAUUUCCCAAUUCUGCCAUUAUAAGUAUUGAGAACUGUCGCCACUGCACAUUUCGAAACCAUCCAAACCACAGCACCGGCGAGUUCAGAUUUCAGAAGAAGGAACACCGAAUUAGAUAAAAUUUCCGGUGUUGGAUAUCUGAAUACUAGACAGAAAUGGCGGUUGAAGCAUCCCUAGGUAAUUCUGUGGCGUCCUCAUCGGCAAAGAACGUUAAAUCAACCGGAAAAUCGGAUGUCGGUAGCCAAGUAGUAUAUUGCCAUCAGUGUCGUCAAAAAACUAGGGCUCCCGCAGCAGCAUGCAGGAAUCUUACGAAGAAGAAACCCUGUUCAGUAAAGUUAUGUCGCAGAUGCCUAUGGAACAGGUACCGUGAAGAGGUGGAGGAAGUAGCUAGUUUGGAGGAAUGGAAGUGCCCGAAAUGCAGGGGCGCUUGCAACGGCAGUGUGUGCUUGAAGAAAAGAGGCCUUCAACCCAUGGGUGUACUUACCAAUGCAGCAAAAGCGACUGCCGAGAUGCCAACUGCUGAGGGUUCAGAUAAUGGAAAGGAUUUAUUAUCUCCUAGAAAGAAAGGGAAGGAAAGUUUGGAUGCAGAUGAUAAUACCUCUUCAACGAGAAUGAAGCAUUCUAAAUUGGCAGAAACCAGCCAGACUAUUCCUAAAGAAAUUGUGCUGCCAGAGGGAACAGAUUUGAGCAGUGUGGCUGGCAUUGAUGUACCUGCAGAAGAUGUUAGAAAUGCUUUGGAGUUUCUUGAAUUCUGUUAUGUUUUUGGAGAGAUCCUAAAAUUGAAAGAUGGGGAAGCAUUAUGUGUCCUCCGAGAUAUAUUUCAUGGGCGAACUGCAAAGCAUGGAAGAUCAUGUCCGGCUAUCCUGUUUCAUGUACACCUGCUAUCAGUAAUUAAUGAGGAAGAGGGAGAGAAGGUUGCGAAGCCGAAUCCGAACUCGUGGUUCAGUGUGCUAAAGAAAUGCUUUGCUGAAUCUGAACAUGUUCUUAAAAUGUUGGGGAAGCAUUAUUUAGAGAAGGCUGCCGACCAUGACGCUUUAAAUACUUCAGAAAUGCUUAGGGUCUUAAAUCUACUAUGCAUUCAUGCUCUUGGCACGAAAAAGCUAAGAAAUUGGAUAAAACACCAAAAAACACAAUUUGACCAAAAGGCAGAAGAAGCUAUACAUAAGGUUUUUGAAGCAAAAGGCGAGAAAAUAAAAGAGGACGCUGCCAAAGCUAUUGAUGCUAGGGAUGGGGAGCUGGAAGCAAUUGUUUCUCUUAAUAGAUCUGCUGCAGAGCAAGCUCAUGGAAAGCUGCUCGAGUCAGAGGCAAUGCUUUUGAAGCUUCAUCAGACCGCUGAUGCUACAAGAGUAGAUCCCACUAUCAUGGCAACUGUUUUAUUGUGUUAUUUGCUGUUGAGCAUGGCUAACUAUAAUCUCCUACCGCUAGAUGUUGGGAAAGAGGAUACUCUUACCUUACAUGAAAAAUGGUUUGCUCUCAUUGCUGAAGGAAAAAAAAGAAAUUGAGAAGAAUAUUACUACAAGAUCAUUCCUACACACGGAACAGAGCUAAGAUAGAAAGACAAAGAAAUCGGCAAAGAAAAUUUAAUGCAGAUGACUUCGAAAGAUUCUAGGGCAAAAUUUCCCAAUUCUGCCAAUAUAAGUAUUGAGAA